UGCAUUGAUUUGCAUGAUACAAGACAGACUUACAACGCGCAUGGCAAAAGCCAACGCGCGUUGGCAAUUUUCUCUCAUUGUCACAGCAAUCGCCAGACCUUGACAGCCAGCGUGCUUUGAACUCAAAAGAAGCUCGUGGGAAAUCGAUUUUGAAGCGACUCCGUACACAUGAGCCUCACGGCUUUGGAAACGUUAUGUUUCCACAGGGUUGCUAUGAAUCUAACCGACCCUUCGCAGCUAUGAAUGACUAUCAACUGUAUGCACGAGGCAACGAAUACUCAUGAACUCACGUGUGAAUGAAUUACCUCGUCACACUUUUCCUCGGCAGGCAGCCAGUCCUUCUAAGCACUGCACUCUGAGUUUCGACCGUGCAGCUGAGCUGGUCGCCAAUAGUUGUCGAGCUCUUUGCGGACAAGCUGCUCCCACCUUUAAGAAGAAAGUUCUCUCCGGAAGAAAGAUUUGAAUUAAAUUGGGCAUUACGAUUGCCAUUAAACCCUAGAUAGUGCUAAACCCCCACCGUCUGAUUGAUACGGGGGCGACGUCCAAGGCCACGGCAUAAGUUAGAGCAACUGGAGCUGCGUGUCUAGGAUGAUUCUAGACGUACCUCGCCAUUAUUGUGCGGUUUCCUGCCAUCAAAGGGUCUUCACUGGACGACGCGGGUGAUGCGAAGGAGAAGAAUUGCUGAGAAUUCGAGUCGCAGUCCUGGGGCAUCGAGAUGUGCACUGUUGUCGGAGAGGCAUGAAGUUCUUGCUCGGGGCAGAGAUUCGUGCCGUCCUCGUGUGGACCUGAAGCAGCGCUGUAUGUAGAUUUCAUAUGUUUUAGAUGGCAAUGCACGCGACUUUUUCCUGUCGCUGCGUGGCGCCUCUUUGUCGAUCAAAGCUUCCGGUGAAUCACAGCAGCGUAAAUUUGGCUUCGUCCUCGAGCUCCGCAGAAGGCAGCGGUUGGAAGCUUUCAGAAAAUUCAGGGUUCGGAAUCCGAGCGAUUGCUGUAGUUUCUUCUCCGAGAGCUUUCUUGGAGAAACUUUCCGCUCCUCUGCCUUUGGAAGGACCUCCUUCUGGCGGCCCUGAGAAUAGUUCUGCGUCCAAAUCAAAAGUUGUACAGCAGAAUGGGCAAAAUUUUGAGGGGUCGCUCCAAAAGCCAAGGAGAACGUGGAAAAGUCGGACGGGGAGAAAUAUCGGAAAAAAGUACGGGGAUCGGAUGACAUCAAUCUUAGAAACAUUGAAUUCAGAUGCUAAUGUCGAGAGAGCUCUGGAAUCGCUGAAAGUGAAGCUCGAUACGAGAGAGCAAUCCGUAGUGUUGAAUGAGGAGAAAGUAUGGACCAGGGCGCUGGCAGCAUUUGCCUGGUUUAAGAAAGAAGAGAGCUACCGUCCUAAUGUGAUUCAUUACAACAUCAUUCUCAAAAUCCUCGGUAGGUCACAGCAGUGGGAACUUGUAGAUGACUUCUGGGCUGAAAUGCAGCAGGAGAAGAUACUCCCAACGAAUGUCACCUUCAGUACCCUGAUCGAUGUGUAUGACAAGGCUGGGAGGAGAGACAAGGCAAUGGAGUGGUUGGAGCUCAUGAAGUCAAGAGGAAUACGCCCUGAUAAUGUGACCACCAACACGGUCUUGAAUGUUCAUAAAAGACAUGGGAAUCUUGCUGCAGCAGAGGAGCUUUUCAAACAAUCGUGGAUUCCUCACCCUCGGCUCGAAGAUUCCAACGUCAGAACAAAUGCAGAUGGUCCUGCAGAGGGUUCAACAAGCACUGUGCCAGCGGUGGACGUGGAAACAUUCAACGCAAUGAUCGACAUGUAUGGUCGGACGGGGCGCUUUGCAGAGGCUUCGAAAUUUUUUUCGGACAUGAUCGAGGCUAAUGUUGCCCUUGACACUGUCACCUUCAAUACGAUGAUCAAAGUAUGCGGCUUAGCUGGGCGACUAUCCGAAGCAGAAUCCAUGUUUGUGAAAAUGAAGGACAUAGGAAUCAAGUCUGACUUGGCUACUUACAACACUCUCAUUGCAAUCUUUGUCAAGGUUGGGAAGUUGGAGACUGCAAUGGAGUACUUCGAGAAAAUGAAGGUAGAUGGGUUAUUACCAGAUAACGUCACAUAUCACACUCUUCUGAGCUCUUUAGCUUCUAGGGACAGAGUCAAGGACGCAGAACUAUUAUGUCACGAGAUGGGGGAAGCAGGUGUUACCCCUGAUGGGAGCGUAAGUGUAGGAUUAGUUAGAAUGUAUGUGAGGUUGGGUCUCCUGGACGAGGCUUCUAAGAUUGUGGAAAAUCUGUUGGUAUCAGGGAUUCUCGAGAGUGCAAGCUACGCUGCCAUAAUAGACGUGUACGGUGAACACAACUUGUGGUACGAAGCUGAAUCGAUCUUCCAGGCCUGCCGACCUAAGUGGACUGUAGGAAUCUGCAACACUAUGAUGAAAGCCUAUGGGCUGUGCGGUUUGCAUGAAAGGGCCGUGGAAGUGGUUACAAUUAUGGAGGGACGUGAUCUGGUUCCAGAUGAGAUCACAUUAAACACACUGCUUCACUCAGUAGUAGCCCUUGUACCUUCUGACCUUGGAAAGGUAGAGAUUACUUUAGCAAGGAUGCGGAGGAUAAACUGCAAAAUCCAGCGGUCGACAUCCAAUUUGCUGAUAGGAUUUUACGCCAAGCUCGGAAUGGUCAAAGAGGCGGAGCAGACGUUUAGGCAGAUGGAGGCAGACGGAGGAGCAUUAGAUGUUGAAUGUUACGGAGCAUUGUUGAAUGCGUAUGCAGAAGCAGGCUUGGCGAAAGAAGCUGAGCAGACUAUCGUUGAGAUGAAGGAGGCUGGUUUUUCCCCCAACGAGGUCGUGCUCACGACUCUCAUGAAGUUGUAUGGUAGGAUAGAUCAGCUGGAAGAGGCGAAGAAACUUUACUUGGACAUUGAAAGACAGCUUGGUACUCCAGACGUCUUUGCAGCUAAUAUGCUUAUCGAUAUGUAUGCCAAAAAUGGGAAGAUCAGGGAAGCUGAAAAGGUUUUCAAGCAGCUCGAAAAGACGGCAAUUUUCAAUGAGGUAACGUUGAGUACUAUGCUGGAAAUGUACCGAAGAGCAGGCUUCAUCAGGCAGGCUUUAGGGAUGGCAACGAGAAUGUUAACAAAGGAUCUCGUGAACAUUGGCUCAUAUAAUACUGUACUGAGCUUCUACGCGUCACUUGGAAGAGCCACUGAGGCUACGGAGGUAUUCAAUUUGUUGGAUUUGAGAAGCGUAACUCCUGACAUUCAAACACACACCAUCAUGUCGGGCGUUUUGAAAAGCAUGGGAUCUGUGCAGGAGGCGAUACAUCUGCUUACCACAGAUGCUCCAGUAGGUCAUUCUUCAACCCUGCAAUCCCUCACUGCCCUUGCCAGCCUAUAUGCGAGGGCUGGACAGUUUGAGGAGAGUUUUGAAGUUUGCAACAAGCUUCGGCAUGGCAGGUUCAGCCUCGACACUGCGGCUUACAACGCCCUUAUUUUCUGCUUCGGAAGUGCUGGGAGGUUUGAUGAAAGUCUAAGGCUGUUUAUGGAGAUGCAAUCGAAAGGUUUGAAACCUGAUGCAAUCACUUACACUACUGUAAUUACCGUGUACGGGAAGGCCGGUUUGUUAGAGGGAGUAACAAGAAUAUUUAAGCGAAUGAAACAAGCAGGUUGUGAACCUAGUAUGGCAACGUACAAGGCAGUUAUGGAUAUUUACAGGGAUGCUGGAAAAGUGGAACUUUCAGCUAUGGUGUACCAAGAGAUGAAGUUUACAGAAUACCUUCGUCAACAAGGUACCAGUCAUUAUAGAGACAUAUCUCUGGGAGAUGAAGUAUGACCUUUGCAGCUCUCGCGACUGGUUUGUUGGUUGUCGUCCUGCGUGGCGAUCGAAACCAGAUCGGCAGAUUUCUGGCGGACUACAUGGCAGACAUAACUUGCUAUGGAGUUUUUAUUACCCUCACGAGCUGUUUGACAACUCCGUUGUGUGGAGUAUUGCAGGUUUGGUUAUCAGAGAAGCAGCAUGCAUCUCCAUACCAACAAAAUUCAUGCUAUUUCUACCUUGCAAAUCGACAUUCUUACUGUGAUGAGUGCGUGUCAUCUAUCUUAUCAUCUCGCCUUUGGCUCCUGUGCUUUGAAUUCGUCAUACCUACUUCAGAUCUUAGGAUAUGUUGGUGUUAGUUGGAGCUGAAAUAAUGUUUCAAAUGUGCCAAGCAAGGGUCCAUGACUAUAAAUCGAUUCUUUCAAGGUAUCAAGAGUUUGGGUAUGGUCUUUGGGGAAGCUAAACCACUGCCAUUCAAUCUUGUGUGCGCGAAUGUAGCUUUCUGUUGGACAUUUUUCCUACUUGGUUUGGCCAUUUACCCAAAUAAUGUCUUAUCCAUCGGUACGAGGCAGAUUGAGCAUCGCAAGAGGGGCCUAUCUACGAACCUCAAAGCCGAAUGACAUCUCCGCUGCUCGAGGCAUUUGAAUGUUAGAGAAUACUCAUUGCUUUUGAAUAGGCCAAAAAGGAGCUCCUUUUCAUAACGUGAAGAUUGUACAUAAUUUAGGGAGAACAUGCAACAGAAGUUAGCAUGUGAAAGAUCUCAACUCGAAUCAUGCUUAGAUGUUUCAGAGCACAUUUCAGCUUGGAGACUCUUCCUCUUGGUAUCAUUGUAUCCCCUGCAUUGCAGUGUUUCGAAACAGCGGCGUCCAUAGCUACGUCACAAACGAGUCUUUGCCGGACUCAUUGUGAACCUUCGUGAUUGUCUUUGUCUUAGAUACGGUGUAGCUACAGGCCCUUCAAGUAACUCGGUGUCUGCUUGCUUCUCAACUGCAACUUGCAUCUUUCUGACAUCCAUUUUGUCCCCCUUUAACUUGCAUCUCUUUAUGGUUCUGGUCCGUAACUUUUCCUGUAAUAUC